UGAUACUUUGUCUUUCAUCCACUUGCUGCGAUCGUACCUGUUGUCAUUUGCUGGAUAUUCUAUCAAUUGAUUUUCGCGAUGAGUUUCGGAGCACCUGGAGGUGGCGCGGCCAAUAUUAAACCUACACCACCCGAGCGUGGCAGUUUUCCUCUUGAUCAUGAGGGAGAAUGCAAGCAUCUGAUUUCUCAAUACUUGAAGUGCCUCAAGUCGACAAGGGGUGUGAAUGACGAGGGCUGUCGGAAGUUGGCCAAGGGAUACCUGGGUUGCCGAAUGGACAAGAAUCUCAUGGCGCCCGACGACUUCAAAAAUCUUGGACUUGUCUUUGAAGAAGACAAAAAUAAAGGCGCUGCGGAGCCCAGUUCUUCCAACGAGAAUGCGGGAGCGAAGUCUUGAUUGCACAUACCACGGGAAAGUUGGCUAGGAGGGGAGGGAUUGUAUGAUAUCUCGGGCGGACGUAUUCAUACUCGACUGGAUACUGUUUCUGCUUGAUUUGGGGACAUUUACACAUUAUAUGGCGUUUAUUGGAUCGAUCCAUGUAUAUAUCUGCAGCUCGCAUCUCUUGUAUAUAAGAGUCGUAUGAACCACGGAGUCAUGACAGCAUUUUCACCAUUUUCAUUUAUUAAAUUAGUUUAUCUCAAC